GCUCCAAAUCGAGUUCUCUUCUCAUCCAACCACAACCCCCAAUGGCUGCAAAACAGCCUCCUUGAAGCCUUCGGCACUGAGCUAUUUGGAUAUCAAGGUAGCUCUUGCACGUAUGCUUCUUAUUGAUCUCGUCCGAACAAGCAGUGGACGAGCAUCUCCUUCAUAUAAUAAAAUGAAGUAAAAUUAUCAUGGCUGAAGUUCUUUCCUCAACCUCAGCCCCAAAUGGGGGAAACGUCCCGGUGACGGCCUCGUCGGCCAGUCGGCCGCCCAAGCCUAACCAACCAAGACCACCACCACUCCAUGAACUAUACGCCCUUCCGGCGCCCAUCCGCACACUUCCUCUCCCUACCUUCUACCCCAAUAAUCCAUUGUCUCUGAUCCAGCUUGUCUGGGCAUGGACCCGACAAGUCCUGUCCCCACCGCCCGCCGAACCAUCCGUCGUAUGGGAAGGUGUCUGGUCACCCGAGUCCGGAUCCGUCAACGUGUUUGACGAGAAGGCCAUGCGUGCCUUGUGGGAACAAGGCUUUUAUGGGAAGGGGAACCUAAGUCGUAGCGAGCCCAACUGGCUGAAGCGGGAGAAAGUACGGCGCGGUGUUUUGCAGGCCCACGUAAGUGAAGAACUGACUGAGAGUCGAAGAGCCGAGAGAUUCCGGAUGAAGUGGGAGCGGGCCAAGGCCGAACAAGAGGCCAUUCGCCGGAUACGGAUGGAAGAAGUCCGCGAGGCCAUCUUGGCGCGUCCUAGAGCCCAGGAGGUGGUCUCCGACAUCUCCCUGUCGGAGUCCCGUACAUGGAGCGCGCCUGUUGGGCCGGCAGAGUUGCUCUCCCUUCCCAAUUCUCCGGUAGAGCUGAAGGCUUCCGCUGUGUCUCCACCACAGCCGUCCACACCGGCCAUGGUAGUAUUGGAGGGGCAAAAUGGGGAUCAAAGUAGCCCGGCGGCUGGGCCGAACGGGUCAGUCAAUGGCGAACAAGCUGUCGCAGAUCCACCGCCAUCCAUCCUUUCUCCCGAGACAAGGUCUCCAAACGGCAUGCCCAAGACACCAAACAACACAACUAAAGGACAGACUCUAAAGCGCAAGAAGAGUGUUCGCUUCUCGCCGCGCGUUGAGUCUACGAUAUACCAACUACUUGAUCCGCCAAGCCUGCACCACGCGGCUUUGAAUGACCGUGCGAACGGUUCCGUGGAUGAGCCCUCACCCCUCGACCGGGAACUCGCCGCACUUCCCGGCUCUGGUGUCACUUACAGUGCGCAGAAUGGGAAAGAGAAAGACGUCGAAGCCUCGUCGUCUGCCCUCCCGCACUCAGAAGAAGAGGGAGAGGAAAUCAAGGAGGACAUGGAGCACCUGCAGCUCGUAGCGGAAGAAGCCUUCUUCCUCGUAUUCGGGCUCGGAGCCCUGAAGGUCCUGGACCCCGCUACCCGCUCACCCAUGGAUGUCCCAGCCUUAUUCCAGGCAUUCCGGCGGAACUCCAAGUUCCCACCCUUAUCCCUGGAUGAACUGCGACCGGAUGACGGCUUCUUGGUCCACUACGCGGUGUACCACCAUUUCCGCUCCCUCGGAUGGGUCCCCCGCCCCGGCAUCAAGUUCGGCAUGGACUGGAUGCUGUACGCCAGGGGUCCCGUCUUCGACCACGCCGAGUUCGGCAUCCGCGUCAUGCCGUCUUACACGCAUCCGUGGUGGAAGGCGAGCGGGCAGGAGAUGCCGUCCAAGUCGUGGCCGUGGCUCCACGCCAUGGUCCGCGUCCUCGCCCACGUGCAGAAGAGCUUGGUGCUCGUGUAUGUCGAUAUCCCGCCGCCGCCUGCGUUCGAGGAAGCCAUGUCGAAGGGCCCGGCGGAGGUGUUCAAACUGUAUAAGAUUCGAGAGGUCAUGAUCAAGCGAUGGUCGGGCAAUCGCAACAGGUAGAGCGACUUGGCGCUUUGCUGGAUGGGGAGUUGUUGGCGUUGGGACUAAUGGUAUAGGACUCGGGAGAUUUGGCUUCUUUAUUUUGGCAUUUGUCUAUAAGGCAGUGGUCUUCGCGACGGGAUAGUGAUCAUGAAAAAGUAAUGAAUGGCAAGAGAGAUGUGAAGAGCCAGAUGAUUGAGGCGCGUCCGACAGUUCAAGUCCAGAGUGAAUGAACCGAAC